AUGGCUCUUGCAAACUCGCCUUUUGGCAUAGCUGGUAUUGGCCACAUUUCUAGGAACCCCAGGCGUCAGCUCCUGGUUGUUUCAAUGAAAGAUGAAUCUCCUAAUGAUUCGACUCAGCUCUUGAGCCAGGGUGCAGAGAGUGAUAAAGAUUUGAAAGAUCUUCGGAGACAAAUUAGCAGACAAAUUUACUUCUCCGAAGAUCUUGCCGACGCCAUUUACCAAUCUUCCCGAAGCUUUGGCGACGCAGAGAACCUUCCAGAAGCUUUGGCGUCUGGUGAUUAUGCCAACGAUGCUCUCUGCCCACAAAACCCUGUUCAGAGACCAGCUCCCUCAAUGGCUUGCAUAGUCCCUCCUGCCCCUGGCAACCCUUCACCUAAACCCAAACCUGCAGAGACCAAACUAUGUCCCACUACCACAACUGUGAUGACAAACUUGCUAGACCUAACUGUCGUUCGGUUGGGAGAACACAACCUGGUGAAAAAUCCAGACUGCAGUUCGUCGUUUUGCGCUCCGGAACCCUUGGACUUCGGCAUCUCGUCAGUCAUCCGGCAUCCUUCCUUCAACACGCGCGGUGCCCUCAGUGAUGACGUAGCAGUCCUCAAACUGGACAAAACUGUUGAUUUUUCUUCGAUUUCCAUCCAACCCGUAUGCUUGCCAAGUCCCGGCUUGUCAGCCGAGGCCAUCAUUCAGGGCAGACAGGUGAUUGUCAUCGGAUUUGGUGACACAGAGGCCGGCGUGAGAAGCCACCAGCUUCUGGAGGUUCUGCUACCUUAUGUACCAAUGCAGCAGUGCCGCAUGGUAGCCAACUAUAGCAGCCUUGCUGCCAACGGCCAGGUGUGUCUGGGCGGGAACUUCCAAAUGGACUCGUGCUUCAAGGACUCAGGAGGGCCCGCCAUGGUCACAACUACCAAUACCAGCUCUCAGUAUCUUCAGGUGGGCAUUGUUUCGUUCGGCACGCAGUCCUGUGGUGUGGAGAACGUGCCUGCCAUAUACACCGACGUGGCUUACUACCGCAACUGGAUUGUCAGUCAACUAUCUGCCUGAUUUUAGUCGCUUCUCUCGAAUUGGACAUUUCUUGGCAUUUAAGAAAAUUUUCUAUGUUUCUCGUAAUUUUGUGUGAGAUUUAACGAGAAAAAUUGUCGCAAUAACUAGGAAUUGGGAACGUUAUUAGUUACCGCAAAAAUCGUGCAGAGUGCAGGCUUAUAUAAAUUUUAUAACUGCCGAGCUAUCUAUAUUGUUAACAGAACUGAAAUAAGCAAUUUUACAUUUCAAUUCCCGAAAUAAGUUUGAAGUGGAUGAAAAAAAACUGUUAUAUUUAUAGGCAAUUUUUAUCAUUCGUUCAUCGCCUACUUACAUGAUUUUAUUAUAUUGUUAACUUUAUCUGAAAGGUCAAUCUAAAAUGUAUUUCUUAAAAGAAUAUAGUAAAUCAAUGCUG